UCAGUUGAUGUUCUAUUGAAGCUAGUAAACUGGGUUAUGUGUUAUGAAUUAUAGUUUUGUUUACAUUUUUGUCGGCAUUGUUUAAGAAACUUUUGUUACCUAUUGUAUUGUGUUCCUUAAAACUUUAAAAUGUCUACUUCAGGCUUCUUUUGCUCUGUUUGUGCAAAAACAUAUGCAAACCAUUCAAAUUUAAGGGCCCAUGUAAAAUUACACCACCCUGAUCAGCUUAAUGAAAUUGCUCCAAAUAAGAUUAAGUAUAAAUGUGAAAUUUGUUCAGAAAGUUUUAACAACAAAAUUCUUUUCAACAAACAUCACAAGGUUCAUACCUCAGGACUGAAAUGUCCUUUAUGCGAAGUUAUUGAUGUCAAACCAGCAUUAAUUGAACAUUUUACAUUGGUUCACAAUGUAGAUAUCAAUAUUGAACAUCAUGACUUUAAAACAAUUGAAGAAUUUAAUAGCUGGAAGAAACAGAUAGAAGAAGAAAACACAGUAUUCUUUCCCAAGCGCCACGGAACAUUUCAAAUCUGCUAAUAUAUCCCGGACAAGAUAUCAGUGUCAUAGGUCAGGAACAUAUCAAAGAGAAGGCAAAGGCCUAAGACAUUUGAAGAUUAAAGGCUCGAAAAGAAUUAAUGCAUUUUGUCCUGCAUCCAUAAUUCUUGAUUAUAAAAAUGGUAUUUACAAUGUUAAAUAUACAAGUACCCACAUAGGACACACAAAUGA